AUAUAUGUCGGUCAGUUGAGAUGAAUGUUUGUCAGAAGUGUGGUGAUAGGGGAGAUGUGAAACGUCUCAUAUACUGUAAAAAGUGUCACGUUUCAGCCGAGCAUAGUUAUUGUCUGUACUCAUUGCCAAGGAAAGGCAAGAAAGAAGUCCUUUGGGAAUGCGAGGAAUGUUGCUCAAUAGAUGCUAAUCCUACUCCAGUUUCAUCAAGGAAAAGUGAACGAAUAGAAGGAGCUGCCAAGAUUAAGUUGAAUAGGAUGAAGUUGAGAAAGCAGAUCAGAUUUUCACUAUCAACUUCUCAAUGUCUUCAAAAUGAAGAGCUCAAAAAACCAAGGAGGAGGUUGGUUGUUAAAGAUGAUAGCAGCUCAGAUGAGGAAUCUGACAUUAUUGAAUGUUUGGUUGUCAGUCCUCUUCAAUCAGCUCCUGCUGUUGCUGCUGAUUCACUGAAUGUAUCCCACAGUUCACCAUCUUCAGAAUCCGAUAGAUACAUCCAUGCAAAACCAAUCAUCGAUCCAAUUUGGAAGGGAAGCUUCAACAUUCAAAAUUUGGAAAAUCAUACCUCUGUCUUACUUUUGGCCCAUUUAUCGACAAAUGCUUGCUCAAAAGUAUGGGAUGCAGCGAGUACCCUCCCCGCACAGCUGAACAUAGAAAUUUUGUCCAGGUCUGAUGCAUGGCCCCAUAAGUUUCAGACAACACCGCCCACUGUUGAAAGUAUUGGUCUUUAUUUUUUUCCACAAAGAGAAAGAGAUGAAAAAGUUUUUGAAAGUCUUCUGGAUGGGAUGAUAAUUCAAGAUCGAGCUCUGAAGGCGGUGAUAAAUGACUUGGAACUGUUGGUCUUCUCUUCUUGUGAACUGCCCCAAGAACAUUGGCGUUUCUGCCAAAAUUAUUAUUUGUGGGGUGUGUUUAAAGCAACCAAGAAACAUGCUGUUGCUAGCAAUGCAGAUGCUUCCAUGCCCUCCAACCUCUCAAAUAAUGCUGGACCUCAAGAUGGGGAGAGUGUUGGAUUAGCCACCCGGAAUCCACUCAAAGUCCUUUAAGCAAAACAAAUGGCUGCACAUUUAUUCUGAAAGUCACUACUCUUUACGUAAAAACUUCAGUCUCCUCAUCUUAUCAGUGCAUAUCCAGUGUUUCAGCAAUUUUGUUAAGCCUCAGAUAAUAGAUGAUCAAGCGAUACCUAUAACGAACUAGUUGCAUAAUACAAUAUUGGAAGCAUAAUCAGAAAUUAAGGAAGGAGAUGGACUUAUUAUGUCAACCACUGACGACAUUACAGUCAUUUUGAUGCCAAACCUUGUUUGAAACUUUUAUUCUGUUUUGAACUUGGUUCGGUUUUGAAUUUGACCUGGGAUUUGGCAAGGGCCAUUAGGGCAUGAAAGGCUUACAGGUGAGGUGAUCAUCCUUGCAGCUGCCUUCAGGGAAGGCAAUUUAUAGAGUAUAGAUCACAUGUUUCUAACAUAACAGUCUUCCUAUGCUCACACGUUUUAUUGUAAAUUACCACUAUAUAUAUAUAUGGACAUGAGCAUUAACACUGCAAUAGAUGAGUUGUUUUUGUA